CCUUACUUUACUUUUACGCUGGCUGGACUUGCUUUACGAACAAUUUAAUCAUUUGUAAGACUAUGGCACUUGUGAAAGCCAGAGGUUUAUUCAGGGUAAGCCAGUUGGUGACGGAUACGAUAACUUUAAAUGCAAGAUCCAUCACACUUGGUAGUUUAAGACAUACUGCAGCUGAACAGACAAACCCCAACACAGAUGCACAACCACCCCCACAAAUAGAUUCUAAAUUUAAGGAGGAGGUAGACAAAUUAAACAAGGAAGUGACAAGCUUAAACGAAAAAAAUACCGAGUUAUUGGAUAAGUACAAAAGAUCCCUUGCCGAUGGUGAAAAUCUACGAAAUAGGCUUACUAAACAAAUAUCGGACGCAAAGAUUUUUGGUAUUCAAGGGUUUUGUAAGGAUUUACUAGACGUGGCCGAUGUUCUGAGUAAAGCAACGGAAAGCGUUCCUAAAGAAGAAAUAACGGAUCAAAAUCCUCAUCUCAAAAGUUUGUACGAAGGGUUAAUGAUGACCGAAGCUCAGUUACAAAAUGUUUUUAAAAGACAUGGAUUGGAGCCUGUUGAUCCUCUAAAUGAGAAAUUUGAUCCAAAUUUUCAUGAAGCUUUAUUUCAACAAGAAGUGGAAGGGAAAUCACCUGGCUCUGUAGUUGUCGUUUCUAAAAUAGGUUACAAAUUGCAUGACAGAGUUAUACGGCCAGCGUUAGUGGGGGUUUCAAAAUGAAGCACUGGUAUAAGUGAAGGAAGAGAAAUGCAUGUUGUAUGUUUUUGGUAGUUAUUAAAUUGUUAUUCAUAUAAAAUAACUUCAAUAAAACAUUUUUUUUAUGUU